CAUGUGUGCAAUCAGGCCAAAAUAUUUAAUUAAUAAUAACUGUUAUUAAUUAUAAUUAUUUUUCCUUCCAUCUUUUUGUUGAGAUUCUAGGUAGAUACAAUGCUUCCACCCAGUCAGAAAUACAUUCAUUUCUACUUCCACCAACUUAACAAAACACAAAAAACUCAGCAGGUACACAGUCUCAGUCAAAUUGUUAGUUAGGCAGACAGAAAUCCCACCCACAGAGGUCAUUGAAUAGGGCUAAAAACAAAAUAUAGCAGGCCCAUCAGAAACCAAAGCAUAUCCUCUCCUUAGUACACAAAAAUAUAGUUUUGUAAGAGUGCUUGGUUUUAGUGAAUCCCCAGUGUUGCUUUCAACAGUUUGCACUAAUAAUAGAAGUAAACAGCUUGUUUGUCAUUCCAAAAUACUAUCAGUUAAACAAAGAGCAGUAUUAGGCAACUGUUCGUGUAGCAGCACAGUGUUUUAUGUAUUAUUAAAUUGUGUCUUUCAUUGCUUAACUCUGUUCAGCCUUUAUUUGAGGUACUUCCCCUUUAAGAGAGCCAUGGCACCUCUCAAGCCGAGGCAGACAUUUUUCAAUGCAAGAUUUUUUCUUGCAUAAAUUAUGUUCAUGACGUAGUGUAAAAGGCCAAUUUUCUGGCAAUUUUGUCCGACUUUACAGCUCAAAUAGGAUUUUGUGAGACACCUCAAGGAUUUUUGAUUAUCUGAACUGUUGCAGAAAGGGCAUCGUCAUUAAAUAUUAAGAGAGAGGAGAUCCUAACAUUGCAACCCUCCUUAUCAAUGCAAAUACCUCUUUUGUGUGCAGUCACAGCGCCUGUCUGGGAGCUGAGAUGAAUUUUUAAUUAUGUGUGACUGAAACAAACUGUGACAAGGACCUUUAUAAGCGCGGGGGAUUACAGAAAAUAAGCUGUAUUUUCGCGAAUGCCAGGAAGACAGAGACUGUGGUGGUGCAGCCAGCCAUGAACUCUCAGGAUCUCCCUGCCAAAGAUGCCCCACUUACUGUCAAUGAGCAGCCAUUCACUGUCUGACUGCAGAAGUCUUUUUUCAGCCAUUUAAAUCCUGCACUUUGAAAUUCCCUGCCAAAGACAACCAGGUCAUUGUGAUGUCUGGCCAAGAGACUAUUCGUGUGCUAGAGGUAGAAGUCGAUGCGUCUCUGCCAUCGUCAGUACCUGAUGGGAUGAGCGAAGGCAAAGCUGAGGAGGGAGUGGCUCAGCCUGCAGAGCAACCUGAGGCUGGCAGCACACAGGAUGGCCCCAGUGUGUCCCAGAGCCACGGGGGAGUAGUGCUGGGUGAGCAGCAGGUGGUGUCUAUAGAGGCUCCUGCCCCUGCAGUCCAAACGCUGACUCCUGCUGUUCCCGUCAGUUUGUCCCUGCCACAACCCCAGGCCGCCAUGCCCAUUACUGUACAGGGCUGUCCACAGGUCCUGACCCAGGAAAGUUUGGCCACUCUGAUGACUGGGAUGAUGGCCCAGACAGGGUCCCUGGGGCAGCCCCUACUCAUCCCCCUCAGUAUGGCGGGCGCCAUCGGUGGCCAGGGUGGUCUGGCUGUUCUCACUUUGCCUACCACCAAUGUAGCUACUCUCCCUGGGUUUGCAACAGCUAACGCGGCUGGAAACCUCCUUAAACUGCCCUUUGCUGGCCUCCAAGCUGCGACAGUCCUGAACUCGGUCCAGCCCCAACUGCACACAAAUGCACACACGAUGUUCCAGCCUCAAGCAGCUUCCAUACAGCCAGUACAGGUGACGUCUCAGCCAACACAUGUGACCAAUGCACAGGUCACCGCUGCUCAGGUGGCGGCAGCCCAGGCGACCACGGCCACCACUACUGUCUCUCAGUCCAACAUAUCUGUAGCAGCACUCCAGACUGCCGGACUCUCCAUCAAUCCUGCCAUUAUCAAUGCUGCUUCCUUGGGAGCUCAGCCCCAGUUCCUCAGUUCCCUCACCUCCACUCCCAUCAUCACUAGUGCCAUGUCCAACAUGGCUGGCAUCACCAGCCAGAUCAUCACAAAUGCCCAGGGACAGGUCAUAGGAACCCUCCCGCUGUUUUUGAACCAAGCCUCUCUGGCUGGAGGGGCCGCGACAUCCACCCUCCCCCUCCAGGGUCUCCAGGUCCAGACUGUCACCCCACAGCUGCUUCUCAACACCCAGGGCCAGAUCAUUGCCACAGUAGGGAAUGGACCUGCAACGGUUGCAACUUCUACUGCAGUUCUACCCAAAGCUGCUGCUCCAUCAACACUUACCAAAUCUAACACACAGGCUUCGGUAACAACUGUCAAUCAGUCACCAGUUGUCAUCGCCCCACAGCCGUCUCUACUGAAGGCCGCCACCAAUCUCUCCUCCACAGUACCUAUCACCUGUGGAGACAUGGCAAAAGUGGGCCAGCUUGUCAGCAAACCCCAGCAGGUAGUCAGCAGCGAGGACGGCAUUAAUCUGGAGGAAAUUCGAGAGUUUGCCAAGAAUUUCAAGAUCCGUCGGCUCUCCUUGGGGCUUACUCAGACACAAGUAGGGCAGGCUCUAACUGCAACUGAGGGUCCGGCCUACAGCCAGUCUGCUAUUUGCAGGUUUGAAAAGCUGGAUAUCACCCCAAAGAGUGCUCAGAAGCUGAAGCCGGUGUUGGAGAAAUGGCUGGCUGAAGCGGAGCACUGGAAUCAGAAAGGCCAGCAGAAUCUGAUGGAGUUUGUUGGUGGUGAACCAUCCAAAAAACGCAAGCGGCGUACUAGUUUCACACCGCAGGCAAUAGAAGUUCUUAACUCCUAUUUUGAGAAGAAUGCAUUGCCAACAGGCCAAGAGAUUACAGAAAUUGCAAGAGAGCUAAACUAUGACCGAGAGGUUGUGCGAGUAUGGUUCUGCAACCGACGACAGACACUAAAAAACACGAGCAAGAUCAAUGUCUUCCAGGUUCAGUAGCGACCUCAUCCUAGGAGGCUUCGCCACUGAUCGUUUGUCGUUUUGGGAAGUUGAACAUUUAAUACAGCAUCACAGUUGUAGACUGUUGUAAAAAAGAAAAGAAUAUAAAGUUUUUGAGAAAAUGAAGGAAAAUUAAACACAAAUCAAGUGUUAUGAAAGAGUGGUAAAAUGAGUUAUUGGAUUUUAAGACUAUAUGUGUACACUACUUCUGUGUGGUGGGUACUCAGUCGAACUGCAUGGUCAUUUUAUCAUAUACAGUGAUAAUAAUACAUUCAUAAUAACAUGUCAUAUUUAAAAACAUUUGAUGAACUUUUAUACAAGUGGUUUUAUAAGAUAUCUCUCUGAGUGGCAGUGCAUUGAGUCACAUUGAUUUUAGUCACAUAAUUGUCACUUUGGCACAAUAGCUGACAAUACGCUGAAAUUUGAAUGACAUGCUUUUGCCACCAUGUAGUUUUUGAAAGUUCUACCUGCUCAUUUAUUUUAUAUUGACACAGUAUUUGCACUGCGUGAGCCGCUUUGCAAACCUAAAAAAGAUUCUGAUAGACAUGGAUUCUGUAGACUAAGCCGUAGCCUAUAACCUUAUUUUCAUCAGAAGUACUUCUCUGAGGAACGCCUAAAAUUACAUUCCUAUCUAUGGACUUCUGACUCUACAGCAAUUUUUGAGACAAUCAUCAUUUUGAUAUAUUGUAUUGAUAAUCACAAAGAUUAGCCUGAAAUGUGUUGUAAUUUCCUUUUGUUUGGUGUGAUACUUUUAUUCACUAGUGUGAAAUAUGUCACACUGUACUGUCCAUAGAAAGGGUAAUUUCUGAUGUUCCAUGGACAACAGGUUCUUAUGCAAAAUAAAGUUGUAGCUUCAGCUAUUGCCUAUGAUGUCACAACUAGAAACUCAUUUAAGUUUAUUUUUUUUAUAAAGGUUGUUUCAUUUGUGAGUUACUGAAUGGGCAAAUACAAAUACUGUACAUGUGGGUGACACGUGUGUGUUGAUUCACCACAGUUUGUCCUGUUUUUACACUUUCUGUUUCUGAGAGUAUUUUGUGUUUCCUAUUAAUUCACUGUUGUGACUGUCCCAUCUGAUUUAAUGACUUGACAAUGCUUCCCCUGCAUUUUUCAUCUCAAGUUAGAGAAAGUGUAAUUGCAAAAUAGGAGCUUAAUUGGCCUUUUAUGAAGUCAACUUAAAAUAGUCUAAUGUUGCCUAGAAAUAUUAGUGCCAGAUACUUUUACUAAACCUAAUAUCAAUCAAAUUGAUUUACUGAAUUAAAAAAAUAAUGACCUGUUCAGCCAAGUUAAUGGUUUAAUGUGUUAUGACUUUAAAUUGUAACAAGUUAGAAGAGUGUUUGCAUGUGCAGUAUGCAGUUAUUUUCUGUAGAAACAAUACUAUGGCGGUUUUCUUAAUCUUUGCCAAUUCUUCAAGAAUUAUUUGCACUUUAGUGACAGCAGGGAAAGUGAAGGGGUAAUGAAUGGUUUAUGUACAGUGCAAGGCUUCAGUUAUGUGUGUGAGAGAAUUUAAUUUCUGCGUUUUAAUGUUCUUGAAACAGCAAGAAGCUUUGCUUUGCAAAAUGUAGCAGUACUGGCAAAAUUGCAAUCAUGAACAUGAUAGUCAACAUCUAUCAUUAAUGUUAAUGUACUUUUUAUGCAGAUGAAAUGUAAAAUGCUGCAGAUUAGAUAUACGCUCUAAUAUGCAUUAAUGCAAUUGAGUUUGUGAAUUAAAUGGCGGAUUUUAUGGUCCAACUCAUAUUAACCUUUUGAAUAACAGUAGAACUAUAUUGCAGUGUACCUAACCAUAACAAUAAUGAAUAUUGCAAUGGUCUUGCUUUAACACAUGUUUUAUCUUCAUGUUCAAAAUGGGAAAACAAUAUAUAAUAUUGUUUAAUAUACUAAGUUAUCAAUAGGGAAAAGAAAAAAGAUAAAUUAUAGAUAUCUGCUAUUAGUCAUUUGACUCUGCAAAGCACAGAAAAGGUUCAGGUCUUUGUGAGACAAGGAAAAAAGUGUUUGUCCUUUUCUGUCAGAUAAAUAAAAUAAACCCUGUCUUUAUUAAUCA